AUGAGACUUCUAACAAUUGAAAUUUUGAAGAGAACUUUAGUCUUUCUACAAUCUCAUACCCUACGAUUACCAAAAUCUAGAUCAGAAGACGAGGAUGUUCAAUGCGUCGCGGAAAAGAGCAACGACGAGGAACCAGAAGUCUGCGAGGUGCCCUUCCACGGUCAGUUGAAUUACUUGCUGUGCGAUUCUCCGAUUCUGAACAGCGUGGAAACCAAUGUGGUCCAGAAAAACGCCAAAUCCUGUCAGCAAUUUCGCUGUGACGGCUGCGGUAGAGCAUACACGAGGGUCGACAGUCUAAAACGUCAUCAGCAGAAGUGUGACGAAUUUUUGGCAUCGUUUCAAGAUCGGCAAGAGACACUGGAGAGGCUUCAACAGCAAGAAUACUAUUGCAAUCAAUGUGGCAAGACGUACAGAAGGUUAGAUACUUUGCGUCGCCACCAGCGAUUAGUGUGUGGCGACAAAGAGAAAGCGGACCAACCGGAGGAGUACGACGCACUGUGGAUGCUUGAGAGGAAGGCGCACAACAUCGGUCAGAAAAGCCAAGAAUCUCUGCAACCAUUCUCGAGCAAGUUGUACUCGCCGUUGGAGGUGUACGAAACUUCGGUGCCUAAUGACUACGUCACGCAAGCUCAUAUGUACAGCGAAAAUUCUUACGCGCCGAUGACACAGACCUGUUACAUCUGCGCUGAUUGUGGCAAGCAAUAUAAGUGGAUGGACAGCCUGAGGAGACACCAGCGUGUCGAAUGUGGCAAUAAGGAGAAAAAGUUCUCAUGUUACGUGUGCAAUCGAAAAUUCAAAUAUCGGUUCGAAUUACGAAAGCACAUGAAAUUGCAUUACGCCAAGUAA